AUGAACUGCAAUAAGAUAAAAGGCCGUUUGCCUCCUCUUGCCCGAGAAGCACUUGCAGAAUUCAUUGCCACAUUCAUUCUCCUUUUUCAGGAGCCCAUAUGAACCCAGCCGUCACGCUAGCUUUUGCAGUGACACGUCGGUUACCAUGGAAGAAAGUACCCGUUUACAUUCUGGCUCAGAUGGGUGGGGCUUUCAUAGCAUCUGCCGUUCUAUAUGGAGUCUAUUAUGAUGCUCUCAAUGCCUUUGAUGGUGGUGUCAGGCAAGUUCUUGGACCGCAAGGAACGGCGGGAAUCUGGGCGACCUAUCCUUCAGAUUUCCUGUCUACAGGAGCUGGAUUUGCCGAUCAGGUUUUGGGUACCGCUCUUCUUGUUGGAAGUGUGUUCGCCAUUGUUGACAAGUUCAAUGUCGGCCCAGAUAAGACCAUCGCUCCGGUUCUCAUCGGUCUCGUUGUGUUCGUUAUUGGAGCCACCUUUGGAUUUAACUGUGGUUAUGCGAUCAACCCAGCCAGGGAUCUGGCGCCUAGGAUUUUCACAGCGAUGGCUGGUUGGGGAUCAGAAGUCUUCACUGCUGCCAAUAGCUGGGCUUGGGUCCCUGUGAUUGCCUGCCCAAUUGGAGGAAUCAUCGGUGCCUAUACCUAUAUCUUAUUCAUCGAAUUGCACUACCCAAAACAAGGAGGCGAAGAAGAAGACGAUGAGGUUGAAAAUGGGAACAACGAACAGCAGCGUCGACUUGUCGACCCUACCCCAGAGCAAGAAGGCAAAGAAAAAAGGAGCGAGAGCUCUAUGUAAAGGAAUCGUUGAACUUUAAAUUAGUUUUUUGGAAUUAUCUGCACUUCGUAGAGGGUGUUAAAUUCGCCCCACAUGAAUCCGAGGAUCUUUGCACGAUUUUUUCGCAUACAGAAGAUUGAAAACUUAAUCCGUUCACAUCUUGUGCAAUUUUUAUUCUGUUGUUGUUAAUCAGUUGUUAUUUUCCACGACUAUAAUCGCGCCUUCUUGUGGGAUGGAUUUUUAACCAAUAGCAAGGCAACUUUCAAAAACAGAUCUUUAAAAMAAAAAAAUAUUCGCAAAGGAUCUCGGGUGCAAGUGGAGCUUUAAUGGGAACGUAAACCACGAUGCUUAGACAUAUAUCAGCACUUAAGAGCUAUGAUACAUACUCUAUAUAGUAACGACCAGUCUUUCUAAGUAAUUGAACUUCUUCUUUAAAGUAUCUUCUGUUAGGAAAAUGUGUUGAGCGACGCCAUUUUGUGCAACAAGGCAUGAUGGGAUUAGUAGUCCUCGUACUUUCUCAUGUCAGCUAAAACAGUCUUUCUAAGCGUUUUUUUUUGUUUUCUUUGCAAGGUAGUUGUACCUUUUCUUGAGAAAACGGCUGUCAUGUAAACUUUUUAGUCAUUUAAAAAGCGCGAGGAAUGCAGCUUCCAUCUUGCUGUGUCGAACAAAAUUGCGUCGCUGCACAUAGCCAAUCUCAUCCAGUAUUUGUAGCCYAUAAAGAAAACUGGAAUUGAUUACAUUUGUAGAUCGAAACUUGUUUAUUGUAAACGACAAAAAAUCGAUGUUCUUACUAUGUAAAAUGUAUACAAAAACCUUGCAAAAUAGCGUAUGAAUUGAAAUUUACAGAGCAGGAUUGGACCAAGUUUCCGUGGAAGAGAAUUUUGACGCGUUUACUUUUGGAAUUUUUUGCACUGAUCACUCAUUAAAUUCUCUUUAAUUACUGUUUGCUCAUCUAAGUAAAUUUAGAUUUUAUGCUUUUUGUUUAGGUAGAAUGAAAUGUGUGAAAAUACAGAUCUGUGUCCUUAUUCAACAUCGUAAAAAUGUGAGAGUCGUCAUGGUUGUUUUUGUUUUCUUCUUUUCGGCUGUUUUAUGACCGGUUUGACGGGUUUUCAUGUAGAAAAACCUCAGGCGUUUUUUAGGAGAGUCUUGACAUUCAUAAAAAGAACACAUAGAUGAUUUAUUUCCACCUAAAAAGCCAUGAUACUGGCACUCAAUGAGGUUUUGUUUUAGAUUUUUCAAUGAAACAAUGAGAUGACUUGGAAUAUCCAUUCGCAAUCCGUUUCCAUCUAUCGGUUUUGAGGUCGUAUCUUAUAAUAUCUCCAUUCAUUGAGCAUAAAGGGAUAAUAAAGCUUAAUCUUUUCUUAUAUUACCUUGUAUCUUUAUUUCAAACACACAAAAGAUCUUGAGAGACUGCUGGUUGGCAACGGCGCUUAGACUGAUGAAAAUAUAAUGCUAACGUUUAUGUUAUUAUUCAAAGAAUGAUUUUAUUGCUUGUAAUAUUGAAACAUUAAAACUGUGCACAUAGCUUCCCUAUA